AUGAGCAGCGACAGGGAGGGCGCGCCAGGGGAGCUGUCUGGUCUGUUCAAGCUGGAGGUGGAAGAGGAUCACAGCACACGCAGGCCGUGGUGGUGUUUCCCGCUCCUCGCCGCCGCGGUCCUGUCCGUGUCCAGCGCCGGCGCCGUCUUCAAGAAGCUCCCAGACGUGCCCCCCAUCACCCUGGCGGCCUGGCGGCUGCAGCUCACGUCACUCUUCCUGGCCGCCGGCCUCGUGCCGCAGUGGCGCGCGAUGCCGGCCGCCGACCGCCGCCGCGCGCUGUCGCGGCCCGACGUCCUGUGGACGGCGCUGAGCGGCGCGUGCCUCGCGGUGCACUUUGGCGCGUGGGUCGCGAGCCUCAAGCUCACGUCGCUGCCGCACGCGCUGCUGCUGGUGUGUAUGGUGCCCGUGCUGCUGGUGAUAUGGGCCCUGCUGCGUCGCCAGCCAAUCUCCAAAGGGGAGGUGCUGGGCACCCUACUGGCUCUGGCAGGCGCCUUCGUGCUUGCUGCGGGCGCUGCGACUGGGAGCGAGGGCAACGACGUGACUGUGUGGGGUGACGUGCUGGCUUUUGCUGCGGCAGUGGCUGUCGUCGGAUACCUACAGAUUGGCGCCAAACUACGGGAGUACCAGCCGCCCUUUGUGUACGCCGCGCCCGUGACGGGCCUGGCGGCGCUGCUGCUGUCGCUGGGGGCGCUGCUCGAGUCUAAGGGCAGCUUCAUCGGCGCAGACCGGCACGGCGUCAUCGGUUGGGUGGCAUCGGCUGAGUACGCGCCCUACAUCAUUUGGCUCGGCACCGUCAGCGGCAUCGUGAGCGCAGGGCCGUCGCUCAAAGUCGCACGCCUGCCGCCCCGCGUCGGCCACACGGGGUUUAACACGCUGCUCAAGUAUUUCAGCACACUCUUCAUCGGCCUCGCCAUCCAAUUGGAACCCUUGUUCGGCCCCAUCAUAGGCUGGGCGAUCGGUGUCAUGUCGGCGCCCUCCGCCUACACCUGGGGCGGCGGCGCCGUCGUGCUGGUCGCGUCCUGCAUCGUCCUCGUCGCCUCCUCGCGGCGCCAGGAGGCCGAGGACGCGGGGCGCUGCCGGCGGCAGCGGAGCCUGGCUCCUGCCCGGGGCCCCGGGGGCGGCGGCGGCGGCGGCGUGGCUGGCAGCGAGCGGUCGAAUGACUGGGGUGUCGAGCUCGGGGGCGGCGGCAGGGGUGCGCGUCUGGCGGGUGAAGAGAAGGCCGGUGGCGUAGGUGCUGGUGGCCGGGCGGGGGUCCUAGCAGCUGCGAUCGACGGCGCGGAUGGAGAGACGCUGGGGCUGCUGUCAGGGGAGCCCAGGCGGCCUGGCGACCAGCAGGAGCCCCCCGCAUGA